AUGUGGUUCAUCGAGCGGAUUCGCGAGGGGGUGGAGAGCCUCCCUCUGGAGGCAGUGAGGACCCUCGGGGUGAGAGAGGAGCUGUCGGCCAAGGCCAGCCUCUCCAGCAAGCUGCACUGCAACGUCCUGACGCCCGAAAAGAUCCCUGAAUUCUUCAUCCCCCCCCGGCUGGCUCGCAGGGCUCCCCCGAGCGAGGACUCCGCCAAAAGCCGACUGCAAAUGUUCCGGAGCCCACGAGCGCCCCACAGCGGGGGCGACGCCCACCCCCACAUCGAGAUCGAGAACGUGGGCGUGGGCGGGCGGGGCGAGGCCGGCGUGGGGGCUCUGUGCGGGGCGCACUACGGCCUGGCCGGGCUGUACGAGAGCCCCAACACACGGCGGAAGGAGUCGCUGUUCCUGGCGCAGUUUAGGGGCCGGUCGCUGGAGCCCGCCAAGGCGCUGACGGAGCAGGGAGGCAGCGAGAGCGACACGCCCUCCUCCUGCGACUCCUCCCCCCGCGGCUCCCCCGUGCUCACCCGCUCCGCCUCCAGCUCCGCCCUCCUCCGGCUGUUCGGGGCGGAGCGUCCCGCCACCCGCCUGCCGCGCUCCGCCUCGAAGCUGUCGCUGGGCGGGGACUACCGCUGGCCGCAGGAGGGGUGCGUUUCCAUGGAGAAACACAGGGCGGAGAGCGCAGGGGAGACGGUCCAAUCCCCAGGCUCGCCGGUCCUGCCGCCCAACUCCCUGUCCAUGCCUACCUCUCUGGCCACGCCCGCCUGGGCCCCGCCCGCCUCCCUGGCCCCGCCCGCCUCCCUGGCCCCGCCCCUCCUCUACCCGCUGGACCUGCUGCACUGCCAGGAGCGGCUGCAGAGGGAGCACGUGCUGCCGCUGGAGGGGCGGGGCCGCGUGCGUCUGUCGGCCGAGCGGGACCGGGCGGGCUCCGCCCUGCGCGUGCGCGUGGUGUCCGUGGAGGACCUGCACGACAGCGCCCCCGGUGGCCGGCUGGUGCACUGCUGCGUCAGCCUCUGCCUGACCCCCGGCAAGUGGCAGCGGCAGAACAGCGCCACCAUCAGGAACUGCAGGAACCCCGUCUUCAACGAGGACUUCUUCUUCACCGAGCUGGGGGAGGCCGGCUUCCACAGCCUGGCCCUUCGCCUCAAGGUCCUGGACAAGGCCUGCACUCUGAAGCGGGACGUGGUCCUGGGCGUGGCCUCCAAACCGCUGUCCCAGCUGCUGCCUCUGUAG